AUGUUGCAAAAUGAUGCAGAUUUAGCAAGAGUGAGAGUUGUUGCUCGAAACACAAUAGAAAGAGUAGCACGAGCAGCUAAUCAAGGAUUUGAAAAACCAGUAAAUCAGUAUAACCUGAGAAUAACAGGGUUACCAUAUAAAAUUCAUCUACAAAGAGAAAUCAACGAUGAUAAGAUAUUCUUUGGAGAGAAUGCUUCAGUUGCAAAAUUAGAAAUAACGAAUCUCCAACUUUAUAUACCCGUAAUAACACCAUCAAUUGAAGUAGAAACGAGAAUAUUCAAAUCAUUAACUAAAGAUAUUGAAAUAGCUUUUCUUCGUCGUAACACGGUUGUUGCAGCGGGUACAGUAGCUGGUGGUACAGCCGCCGCAGUAGGGGCUGCCAACGAUAAGAAAGCAGCUGAUGCUAAAGCCGCCUACGAAAAGAAAGCAGCUGCAGUAAAAGCUGCCGAAGAACAUAGACACAAUUUAGCAAUGGAAAAGUUGGCAGCAGAGGAUGAAAAAAGUAAAAAUAAAGGUUCAGGAGAUAUGAUAGGCACAAUAAAAGAAUUUGACGAAAAGAUUUGGGGAAGAAACCAAGAAAACUGUUAA